AGUGUGUAUGUGUAGUUCAGUGGGCUCCAGGGGGUGGUUUCUUUUCCCCCGUGUCCUUCUUGCUCUCCAGUGGUAUUGCACGGGGCAGCCGGGGAACAUGAGCGUCCAGUGCAGGAGAGCCUUGCUCGAGAAAUUUACCUGCGCCGGCCGAGGCCACUUGGCUUUUAAGGCGGGACGCGUUGCUCAACGUGGCAUGGCGCUCCCUGAGGUGCGUUUGCUGAGCUCCUGGGCAGGGGCCCCGCUGCCAACCCGGCUCCUUCAACUCGCCAGCUCGUUCUCUUCUCGGGCAGCCGCUCCUGGAGACGACUAUGAGGCAGUUUCCAGGGCGUCGGUGGAGGAACCGGAGAAACUGUGGGCGAAAGCGGCGCGGGGCAUCGAGUGGCACAAGCCUUGGGCUAAAAUCAUGGAAAGGAGAGAUCCCUUUUCCACCUCCUGGUUUGUUGGAGGAGAGCUGAAUAUUUGUUACAAUGCUAUAGACCGCCAUGUUGAGAAUGGACAAGGGGAUCAGAUUGCUAUCAUCCAUGACAGUCCUGUAACAAAUGCUAAAGAGUUUAUAACUUACAAAGAACUUCUUGAACAGGUCUCCAAGCUAGCCGGUGUCAUGGUGAGCCAUGGGGUGAAGAAGGGAGACUGUGUUGUCAUAUAUAUGCCAAUGAUUCCACAGACGAUGUACACUAUGCUGGCAUGUGCAAGAAUAGGAGCUAUACAUAGUCUCAUUUUUGGUGGAUUUGCUUCAAAAGAGCUUUCUAGCCGCAUUGAUCAUGCCAAGCCCAAACUGGUUGUAACAUCAACUUUUGGAGUAGAACCUGGAAGAAAAGUGGAAUAUAUACCACUUUUAGAAAAAGCAUUGGAGAUGAUAAAACACCAGCCUGAGAAAGUUCUGGUUUAUAGCCGCCCUUACAUGGGAGCUGUCCCCCUUAAACCAGGGCGUGACCUGGACUGGCAUGAAGAAAUGGCAAAAGCAAAACCAUGUGACUGUGUCCCUGUCCUUUCGGAGCAUCCACUUUAUAUUCUUUAUACAUCAGGAACAACUGGCACACCCAAGGGUGUUGUUAGACCAACAGGUGGCUAUGCUGUUAUGUUAAACUGGACCAUGGCUGCUAUAUAUGGCCUUAAAUCUAAAGAGGUUUGGUGGGCAGCAUCUGAUUUAGGCUGGGUGGUCGGCCAUUCUUACAUCUGUUAUGGACCUCUCCUGCAUGGAAAUGCAACUGUUCUAUAUGAGGGGAAGCCCGUGGGAACUCCAGAUGCUGGUGCUUUUUUCCGUGUGCUGGCAGAGCAUGGAGUAGUUGCCUUUUUUACUGCACCAACUGCAAUUAGAGCAAUCCGUCAACAGGACCCUGAGGCUAACUUGGGGAAACAGUACACUCUGAAAAGGUUCCGAACAUUGUUUGUAGCUGGUGAACGCUGUGACGUGGAUACCUUAGAAUGGUGCAAAAAAAUCUUCAAGGUUCCAGUUUUGGAUCACUGGUGGCAAACCGAAACAGGAUCUCCAAUAACAGCUUCCUGUAUUGGCUUGGGAAACUCUUUAACACCUCCUCCAGGACAGACAGGAAAACGGGUGCCAGGAUACAAUGUGAUGAUUCUGGAUGACAACAAGCAACCUGCAAAAGCAAAGACUUUAGGAAAUAUUGUGGUGAAGUUGCCUUUGCCUCCAGGAGCCUUUCUGGGUCUUUGGAAAAAUGAGGACCUGUACAAGGAAUUAUACUUCCAAAAAUUUCCCGGAUACUAUGAUACUAUGGAUGCAGGUUACAUAGACGAAGAUGGCUAUUUGUAUGUCAUGUCUCGAGUGGAUGAUGUGAUCAAUGUUGCAGGUCAUAGGAUUUCAGCAGGUGCAAUUGAGGAGGCUGUUCUCUCCCAUAGUGCUGUGGCAGACUGUGCAGUUGUUGGCCAGGAGGACUCCUUAAAGGGCCAUGUCCCACUAGCACUGUGUGUCCUGAGAAAUGGAGUAAAUACUGAAGAGGAGAAGCUUUUGGAUGAAAUUGUAAAGAGAGUUAGAGAAAAUAUUGGCCCUGUGGCAGCCUUCCGGAAAGCAGUGUUUGUCAAACAGAUACCAAAGACACGGUCUGGCAAGAUUCCACGGUCCACUCUUUCUUCCCUGGUAAAUGGCAAGCCAUACAAGAUAGGUCCAACCAUUGAGGACCCGGCUGUGUUUAAACAUGUAGAAGAAAUACUGAAGGCCAAGUUAAAGUAACAAAAGCUUUUGAAAUCUGUCAGCAUCUGAAAUACUCAACUACAUUUAUAUCAUGUAAAUCUGGUAACAUGGGACUAAUUUUAUUUCUGCAAAAAAGUGUUGCUAAGUGUUUAUACCACAGUGGCAAGUAAAUAAUAUUGGAUUGUUGGUGUAAUUUUUAUGAUGGAUAUUCAAAUAUUUUUAUUUUUGAGGCUCAAAUUGUUAUUAAAAUAGUU